ACUUUUCAACAAUUUACAUAUACCUAUUCAGAAUAAAUAUAAAUUUUAAAUUGGUCUCUAAUUAACACUAUUAAAUAUCGUUAUGUAUUUCGAUUGGAGUUGAGUAAUAAGUUGAAACAAUCUUAUCGUAAGAUAUAACCUCAAAAUGUAAAGUGUGAACAAAAAUUAUGUAAAAAUUCAGUUUUCGGGUUACACUCGAGUAACAAUGCUUAUUUAUAGUAGCUCAGAGGUAGAGAUGGAUUUGUCAGUGGUCCCUUUACACCAUAAUAAAAAAUAUAUGUCCAACUGCUGUAAAUUGAUAAAUGAUGAAUGGAAACGAAGCGAAACUGCCCGAAUGCGUAGCUUAGAAAGUUCUUCAGAUAAACUGCCAACUAGUUUAAUUUUGUUAAAAAAUGAAGACGUUAUCGGACAUUUAAAACUUUCUCCUGUGCCUAGCAUACCAGAUGCCUGCUUUGUAGAAUCUGUUGUAAUUGAAAGGGGAUUAAGAGGGAAAGGUUUUGGAACUGUAUUAAUGGAAAAGGCAGAGGCUUAUUGUAAAAAGUGUCUGCAAUUAAAAACAAUUUAUUUAUCAACAAAAGGACAAGAAGGAUUUUAUAGUAAACUGGGAUAUAUGGAAUGUCAACCUAUCUCUAUAUAUGGAAACUACACACCAACUAGCACCACAAACCAUAAAAUUAUGAAUGACUGUAACAAUAGUAGGCAUGGUGUACCAAAACCACCUCCCAUGCCUUCAUUUCAAGUUAACAAUAAACACAAAACGUACAUGAAGAAAGAACUAACAUAGUACAAAUUAUAUAAAAAAAAAUGCGAUUACUGCCAUAAAUGAAGUGCAAAUAUUUUUUUUUAAAAAGGAAAUAAAAAUACUUUUAACACUGAUAACGCUGUGAAUCACAAACCUAUCAGUUUUUAUCAUGCGUCAAUAAACUUAAGAUUAUAUAAUUGGCAA